GUGCCCGCCUGACGGAGUUAUGUUUUUCUGAACCCGCGUUGUGGUCGCCGUGUUAUGUGCGAUGCUCAGAGUUCCCGAGCGAGUUUCAUUGAAUUUCGUCGCUCAACGGAGUCUUAAUCCUGCCAUGUUCUGACUGUGCGAACCGCGCUGUGUCUGGGGAAAACUGUAGCGCCAAAGUCGAGCGUACCGUUAGCUGCUCGAGAAAGUUGCCGCAUCCGUCGCGAGUUGAGAGACCGCAGUCCUGUUCCCCGUGCGAUGUCCGCUGUGCCGGCCAGGAACUUUUGACAUUAGACAUCAAGGUAGGCGUCCGGAACUGCUAGCCUGCGCGCUUUGUGUGCUUCUCGACGAGGAAUUGCUCAUGGGAAGGACUUGGUUUCGUCGGUGAGAUACACGACUUCGGAGGAAACACACGCUCGCUUGUUCAACCAUGCCUCUUUACGGCAAGGACCCAUUCAUUCGGCAGAAACCACCGGCCAAUCUCAAGCCGAACGACGAGGUUUUCUUCUGCAAGAUCACCAGCGAGGGCUUCACAGACUACGACGAGUAUUUUGCUCGUGUGAUCCUGUGCAACAGCCUAGUGUGGACUUGUAGCCUGACCGGAAAGCCGGGCCUCACCUACCAUGAUGCCCUGAGCUCAGAGGAGCACGCUCUCAAGGUUCUGUCCUCGUUUCCUGUUGCGCUGAAGAAGCCACUGCUCUACAUUGCCAGCCUGACGAGGAGGGGCCGCCUCGCCGACCUCUGCGAUGACGUCUACUCGUUUGCACGCGACCGGUACUUCAUCGGCGAGUCGGUGGAAGUCACCAUCAAGAGUCAGAAGAAAACUUGCACCAUUGCAGCGGUGGUGUCGCCCCCAUCUAAGGCAAAGUCGCCGGCUAAGGUCCCACCUGGCUCGCCUCCGCCCAGUGGCACGGUUUCGCCGCUGAAGAAGGCCAGCGGUCAGCCUGUGCCUUCGGACAAGGUCAAGUACCAGGUCGUCGACCCUGACGGCAAGACUCACACAGUCUCGCCAACUGAUGUCUGCCGGAAAAAGAAUUCCUUUACGAGAGAGAAGAACCGCAUCCUCUUUCGUCAGGCAACAGAGCUCGACAAGGAUGGAAUCUUGCGGGUCAAGGAGAAGACCCAGAAGAAGUAUGGUCUGCACCAGCUGACGUUUUCGGAAAUCUUCUCGGGCACCUCUCCCACGUUCGCGACGUCUCCCAAGAACAGGCCCUCAAUGGGAAACGCCACACCGGGCUCACCCGACAAGGCCAGCAAGCCUCGGAAGUUGAAGCAGGCUGGCAGCCCCAAGAAGGAUGCCACCCCGUCAACUCCUAACGGCAAGAAAGAGCUUGCCGAGCAGCAAAACGGCAUUGCGGCCGCCAGUGUGGACCGUCCGUCACCUGAAGAACUAGCCAGAGCAGCAGCCGAAGCCAAAGCGGCCAAGGACCGGGAGUUCGAGGAGCUGCUCAAACUGAAGAUUGCUCAGAAGGAAGCCCGACAAAAGAAAAAGAUGGAAGAGCGGAAACUGCACGCCCAGUUCCUGACGGAGUGGAACCGUCCCCGGGAUGACCUGGAGUGCGACGACCUUCGCGAGCUGCCGUCCUUUGUGCCGCUCCGGUGCGCCAUUCCCCCCGAGCACUUUGGGGACCUCAUGGUGGUUCUCGAGUUCCUCAGCCUGUUCGCGCAGCAGCUGGACCUCAAGGACUUCUUUCCGGCUGGCGUCAGUUUUGACCUGCUGGAGCGUGCCCUGACGGAGACAGACGUGCUGGGUCCUCUGAGCGACCUCUUCCAGCUGCUCCUCACGGCCAUCUUCCGCACACAGGAGGAAGAGAUGGAGGCUUCCAAGGGCAAGCAUCCACGAGGGGAGGAGAGUUCAGAAGAUGAGGCUGAAGAGGAAGAGACCAUCCGCAGCAGAGGUCGUGGUGCCCUGCAAGCCAUUCGCAAGGCACAGCGAGCCGCGACGGCCGUGUCACAGAAGCAGCAGCAAGUGCUUGGUUUGAAGUUGAGCAAAGUGACGGUGGAUGCACUGUCACUGAGCGAGGUUCUCCGGCUACACUUGGCUUCGAGCGGAUCGCUGGACGUCGGCCGGAAAGUGUUCAGCGGCUGGUAUUCCCAGGAAGAAGACCCAGGGCUCUGGUUUGCCACUGAGGAGCCCGAGAUCAUGGCUCGCCUUAGUAGUGGAAGCAUUUACGACUUGGACAUUGGGGACCGAGUGAAACUUCUGCGAGUGUUGGUAGACCAGCUCCUCGCCAUGGAGUCCUUCCGUGGAGUCAUCGAAGAAAACCUGAUGAAGCUCAAGCAGCUCAAGCAGGACUUGCGUCAGAUCCGGCUGUCGGCGAAGCAGCAGGAGGAACCCAAGAAAAAGAGGAACCAGAAGGAAGGGGCAUCUGAAGCAAAGAAGGAAGGAACCGAUGGUGUGGAAGAAGAUGCCAAGGACAAGGCAUCGACUGACAAGUCCGAGAAGACCGAGCAGAAUGGCAAGGUCAACGGCGUCAUUCCCGAGGCUCUGAAGACCCCACAGCAGCGCAAGGAGGAGCAACGUCGGAGGGAGGAGCUUGAGCGGAAGGAGCAGACCCUGAGGAAACAGGUGGAACAGCUCCAGUCUUUCUGGUCUCUACAGCCGCUGGGCGAGGACCGCUGUCACCGACGCUACUGGCAGUUCAACGCUCUUCCUGGUCUCUUCAUCGAAGACAACGACCUGUACCGUGGAGCCUGCAUACCUGGGGGCACUCCGCUGGUCCGUUGUGAACUUCCGAAGCACCCAUCGGUGACCUUCAUGGAGGCGUUCCUGCUUCACAACAAGCGCAAGCGCGGCGACAGCGGGGACAGUGCGGCACUCAGCGACAAGGAAAACAAGGAGGCAGCCGCGGAGCGCAAGGCCCUGCACGCGGCGGAGGGAAAGGCGCAGAAGCUCCUGUGCGACUCGAAUCCCAGGGUAGCUGCAGGUGCUGGCGGCAGGCGCACGUCGGUCGAGUCGACGGGCGUCAUGAUGAACGGUCUUUUGGACCACAAGCGGGAAUUGAGUGUAGUGUUAGACAAGGUGGACAGUGUUGUGAACGAACUGGCACCGACACAUCCGGUGAGUGGUGCGCACCCAUAUGGGUCGUGCUCGGGUAACGCUGUGACGUGUACGGUGCACGGUGAGGUGGCCAGGAACGCCAUGCCCCGGUGGUGGUUUUGCCGGAACAAGGAAGAGUUGGCUGCUCUAAUUGGUGCCCUCAACCCCCGAGGUUUCAGGGAGAGCAAGCUCAGGGCCGUGCUCAAGAGGGACCAAGCCGACCUCGAGGCAGUUGUUGCCAAGUGUCCUGGCCGUAAGUUAAAUCCAGACGCGACAUGGCCCGUAGAGGACGAAGGGGAGGCCGAGGUGCGCAAGUCAUCGCGCCUGCAGUCCGGACCCAAACCAUCGGUUAUGGCUGGCUACCCAUCUCGGCUGGCUCAGGUCUAUGGAUUCCGGGAAGCACUGCUCGACCUGGAAGAGAAGCUGUACUCUGGCAGUCUAGGAAUCAUCAAGGUUGAUCGGGUCCCAUGGAGAGAAAAACUGGAUGCCCUUUUGGCGACAGUCGAGACAGCUGACAAGGAUCAGACAGAAUUAGUAAAAAUUGCAUCCACAUUGGACUACGAGGCUGAAGUUCGUUUCCUUUCACAAGCGCUACUUGACGUCUCAAUGGGCAUCGAGCCAAAGUUUCUUCAACCGCCACUGGGAGAGUCUGAAGAACAGCGUAAAAAACGGAAAGCUGUGGAACUCGCCCGCAUGCAGAAGAAGGAAGACGGGGAAGAUGUGCCUGAUGAGCCACCAAGCAAGUCGUCGUUGUUGGAGAACUGGCGCGAGUCGGUGAGCGGGUGCACGUCGGUGGCCCAGCUUUUCCUGCACCUGUCGUCCCUGGAGCGGAGCGUCGCGUGGGACCGGUCGGUGUUGAAGGCCUAUUGCCGCAUCUGUCGACGGAGGAGAGACCCCGAGCGCAUGCUGCUUUGUGACGGAUGCGACCGCGGACACCACCUGUACUGCCUGAAGCCUCCGCUCGAGGAAAUCCCGAUAGGCGACUGGUACUGCGUAUCCUGUCGUCCCAAGGAGAAGCCAGCUACCCCUGCCAAGCGCAAGUACAUCGAGGAAGAAGAAGAAGAGGACGAGCAAAAGGAUGAGGAAGACGAAGAUGAGGACGAUGUAGAGGUUGAGGAGGACGAGGACGAAGAGUCCAACGAAGCCGAAGAGGAGGACGAAGCCGAAUCGUCGUCCGACGGCAACGACGAUUCCUGUGACGCGUGUGGCAAGGGUGGCACACUCAUCUGCUGCGAUUCUUGCCCCUUGGCCUAUCACCUGGAGUGCACGCGACCCCCACUGCGAAGGCUACCCCGUGGAAACUGGAACUGCCACAAGUGCACGGUUGCAAAGCAGCGUUCGUCAGACAGGCCAUCGGCUAGGGGUAAGGGCACCAGGACGAGGUCACAAAGCGCUGCUGCCGAGUCCAAGCGCUACAUCGAGAGGCGACAGAAGAAGGAGCACAACAAAAAGCAGCAGCAACAGCCCUCUGCACAGUCUGAUCCGUACCGUCCACCCCGAAUAAGCUUCAAACGCUCCAGGGUCAGCUGGGAGGAUUCCUCCUCAGUCAGCGAGGAAGGCAUCACGUCACGUGCCUCGUCACGACGAUCCAGCCAAGACCUCCCACUCGACUUCAAAGCCUGUGACGAGAUUCUUCAGUCACUCGUCCACGAUCAAAAUUCGUGGCCCUUCCACUGCGCAGUCAGCCGUCGGGAUGUUCCCGAUUACUACGAUGUCAUCCGACGACCCAUGGACCUGGGCAAGAUCCGGGGCAAGCUGAGCGGCAUGGAGUACCGCACCACCAAGGAUUUUGUUGCAGACAUCUACCUCAUCUUCCAAAACUGCAGCGUCUACAACCGGCCCGAAUCACUGGAGCACUCGGCAGGCAUCGCCCUGCUGGGAACCUUCGAGCGACUCCUGUCCCACCAUGGGCUCGGAGAGUUUCCGCACGCCCCGUGCUUCGAGGAUGAGGAGACCAGUGGCAAGCGGACGUCCAAGCGCGCAAUCAAGAGGCACUGCUGCGACAGCGACGACGAAGACCACGGCUCAGGGAAGCGACCGGCGGUGAGCCCUGCCAAGACGGCUUCGUCGACCAGAAGCAGUAGCAGGCGCCGCACAAACUGAUUAGAGUGCUCGCGCAAUUUCCAGUCUUGUUGAAGACUAUCAUUACUCUCCCCCUUCUACUUUUUCCCUCUUCAGUUCGCACAUUACCAUCAUGUACAGUGUCCUUCCCCUUUUCUUCUCUCCCUUUUUUUUUAAUUAGAAAAAAAUUGAAACUUUGGCUCGGCUUCAUUUUUCUCUCUUGUGUUUGAAACUGGAAGGCCAUCUGGAAAUUCCAUUGGCUCUUGAGGAAAGAUUGAGUGAAUGGUUCUUUGAACGAUGUGCGAGAUUGAUCAUACUUAAAAGGAAAAAAAAAAAAUAGAGCGAGUGUGAGUGUAGAAGGCUACUGACGAUGUUAAGCAGUGACCAUCAUUAUGGAUUGGCUCGCAGUGUGUUGUGCUGCAUCUGCCUGUCCUUUCUAUCCGGUGAUUUGAAAACAUGCCAGUGCAUCGGUUUCUCUAAAAAUGACUCCUGGGCUCGUCUUUUGCACACCUGUUUAUUGCUAUUCUGGGUAAUUGUAAAUGAGCGUUUACUAUAUAGGGUUAAAAUGCAACUAGGCGAGUCUCUUUGAAAGUGUCGCUGUGAUGGGCACACAAAACACAUUGUCAGCUUUUUUUCUUUUGCCUCUUCAUAUAUGUACGCCUUGUGGCAGCAGUCUUGCGCUAUUUCAACACCAUAGACCUUAUGUAAUGUUUUCGCAGCUCUUGUAGGUGCUGAGUUCGUGUAUCAUCUUUAAGGUGUUCAUACGUAUGUACAAUUCGCAGGAUUUCUUUUCAAGUUCUCGUCUUUUUUUUUAUUGAAAGCAUUAGAAUGCAUGGCUUCAAAACUUCUUGAUAUCUGUGGUUAAUGAGCCCCUCCCAUUCCAGGUCCUGGUGUGGUGUCUGUUCUUGCUGUACAUAAAUGCAGUUUUCUAAUGCUGCAUCUAAGAUGCAAGAAGGUUGAGAGCGUCGUUAGCAUCAAAGUUAGUUUGCUACCCUUUGGCGUCAUUUGAAAAGGUUUACAAAUAAUCUUGCAUGGGCCUUUGCAUGAGUUUCAGGAUCAGUGUGAUAACACUGUACUUUGCCUAGACACCUGUGAUGAUUGAAUAAUGCAGUGUUAACGUGUGCAGCAAAAAAAAAAAAAAAAAGCAGGCUGCGAAGCCACUGGCACUUUUCACUGCAUUCACAUCAAAACUUGAUCUAGAGAAGUUUAACCAGAUGUGAAAGUUGCCAUUGGUGUUUUCCAGGCAAGUUCUGCAACACCCUGAGGAGCGGAGCCUUGCUGCUAGCAACAUAGGUAUUUGUAGUGCGGUUCCUUCGUGAAUAUGCUAUUAGCAACCAGAGAAAGUAUUCAAAUGUCUAACACUGGCCCCUUUGUGAAUGUACAUACCGUGUUCACUUUUAGUUGUUAAAGGUUUCUUUUGGUUCCUGCAAAGCGUUCUUUUAGAACUUCAUAGCUUUUCAUUUGCUGUAGCGACAUUUUUAUGCCUACUAAAAUUUGUUUCUAGUUUCAUCAAAGUAAUGAUAAUGAUUCAAAGUUUUUGAGUAUGUGUGAAAGCAGACCAUAGCACUUUGUGCCUGGUGUGGCAUCAGUAAGAAUGACUAGGUAGGAAAUGACUUUGCCUACUUCGAAGUUAUUAGCCUGCAUUUAUUCCUGUACUGCUAAGG